GCAAGCGCACUUAGAAAUUGUAUUUAGCUUGUAGUCCUCAUAGACACUUGAUACUUUCUAUACAUAUGUGUUAGUCAUUCCUUUUUAAAUAUUUCUUGUUCCCACAGCUAUCUGGUUGGAAUUAUGAACAGAACUAUAAUGUUGCAAUCAAUUGCUCUACUUAUUCCCGUCUACAAUUGCCAGUAAUACAAGAGUCUGCAGCUCUGCAACAGUGUGUCAGCCAUCUUUUUGAGGGGCAUAUCAGACUCACUACCACGAGAUGCCAAAGUCUUGCGCUGCACUACGCUGCGGGAAUAGGUACAACAGUAAAAACAAGGACCUUACUUUUCAUAGAUUUCCAUUUAGUAAGCCAGAAUUGCUGAAAGAAUGGUUGGAAAAUGUGGGCAGAGAAGAUUUCACGCCGAAGUUGCACACUGUGAUCUGCUCUAAGCACUUCAAGCCUGAAUGUUUCUCUCCCUUUGGGAAUCGGAAAAACUUGAAACAUAAUGCAGUUCCCACUAUAUUUAACAACUGUUUGGAAAAAGCAAAGGAUCCUAAUGCCUUUCCAAGCCAUCAUCCAGUCCUGGAACCAAAUUCUGCCACAGUGGAGAUUGUUGUAGAACUAGAAGACGACUCUACUUGUCCACAAGUUGGCAUAAAUAAAAAUAUGGAGAUGGCCACCCAGAUAACACAGUCAGCCUGUGCCUUGAGACAACAAAUUUCUGUACCAACAAUGGACCACAGUUACGCUAUCAAGGAUUGUAACUUGCUAAAAAAACAAUUCUUUCAGAUGCUGGAACAGAAUAAGAGAUUACGAAAGCAGAUAAAAAUGAAGACAAAAGAAAUACGACGCAUGUCUGCCACGCUCUGGGUGGUAAAGAAUGAACUGAGACAGCUGAAAGCUCAAGUAAGGCAGGGACGUGAGAAUGAAUCCCACAGUAAUGGAGCUGGUUGAAACCAGAAGGAAAAAAUUCCACAAAAUCGGUUCUCUACUUGUGCCUCUUUUUGUCCUUUUGAGAGUGUGAGGUCUUCACUGAAACUGGAGAGGUGUAUCUUUUCAGUUGAAAGCAGCCUUUCAUGUCUUGCUUUGUUGCACUGUGAGGUCAGAGGACCUCAUUUUCAGUGAAGUUUGAAGUAGAAAAGUGCACAGAUGUUGGACGAGUGGUCUGAAGCUGCUUUUAUUUAGUGUGUUGUCCACACAGAGAAUGUAAAACCUUUCCAGUGUGUGAUAUUUUUCCACAGAUGUGCAGAUGGUGAUGGACACUUCAGUAAGAUGUCCAGUAGUUUUGUGGCAUAGUAGCUUCAGAUGGUAGUUAAUAACGUGCAUCUUUGAAGCAGGAAAAUAACUGGAGUCUGCAUAUAAUCAAUUUUGACCCUGUUUUUGAAUCCUGUUUAAGGAUGUCACUUCUCUAACUGUAGGGCUUUUAAGAGAAGAAAGUUUCAGCACUCUUUUUGACUGCCUUUAAUCUGAUGCAAGAGGGCGAACAGAAUCCUUUAAUAUUGAUGUGUUGAAAGUGGAAUGGUCCUUCUAAACUAAACACAGCUAGUAUUUGGUAUCCUGUCUAGAUGUUCUUUGUGUUUCACUGUUGCAGUCAUCACACUUGGGUUAUCUGCCUGCAGGUAGCCCUCAGU